AUGUCGCAAAAUCAAAGAGAGGCUUGGGAGCGCCUCCAGCAGGUCAUGCUGCAGAAGCGCAAGGCCGGCUUUGGCGGUAUGCCAACCGGUGGUGGCCGAGGAGGCAUGGGACUUGUCGGAACUCUUGUUCUGGCAGGGAUUGGCACCUGGGCCGCGUCAAAUGCAUUGUUCAACGUGGACGGUGGUCACCGUGCUAUCAAAUACUCGCGUUUAGGUGGUGUCAAGAAGGAAAUCUACGCCGAAGGAACUCACUUCCAGAUUCCUUGGUUCGAGACUCCCAUCAUCUACGAUGUCCGCGCCAAGCCUCGCAAUAUCCCCUCUCUUACCGGUACCAAGGACUUGCAGAUGGUUAACAUCACCUGCCGUGUCCUGUCCAGACCUCGUGUGGACGCUUUGCCCCAGAUUUACCGGACGCUCGGUCAAGACUUUGACGAGAGAGUCCUGCCCUCUAUUGUAAACGAGGUUCUGAAGAGUGUCGUCGCGCAGUUCAAUGCCAGUCAGCUGAUCACGCAGCGUGAGAUGGUCGCCCGUCUGGUGCGGGAGAACCUGGCUCGCCGAGCUGCCCGUUUCAACAUCGCUCUAGAUGAUGUGUCCUUGACGCACUUGACCUUCUCCCCCGAGUUCACCGCCGCAGUUGAGGCCAAGCAGGUCGCACAGCAAGACGCCCAGCGUGCCGCAUUCAUGGUCGACAAGGCCCGUCAAGAGAAGCAGGCCUUUAUUGUCCGCGCACAGGGUGAGGCCCGCUCGGCCCAGCUCAUUGGCGACGCCAUCAAGAAGAGCAAGAGUUACAUCGAGCUCCGAAAGAUUGAGAAUGCCCGCAACAUCGCUCAGAUCUUGCAGGAAAGCGGUGGCAAGAACAAGCUCUAUUUGGAUGCUCAAGGGUUGGGCCUGAAUGUCAACGCCGCGGCUGAGGACCACCACGGCAACUAA